AAAUUUAUAGAUGAUAAAGAGCUAUUCAAAAAUUCUCAGUAUCUUGAACGAUCUUAAAAACUAAAGCCAUGACUUUCGCCGGCUGCAUCCACUGUUGCGUUUAUAUUCCCGCCCACUUUUGAGUUUUUGCAGAAAUAUCAACGUCUAUGAUGAUGAAAUGGCACAAAUAGCGCGACCCGACUGGCAUCUUAUCAUGGAUGGAAGAUACAAUAAGGGCCUUGCAUUUACCAUUGAGGAGCGACAGCGUCUGGGAAUCAUGGGAUUGAUGCCCUGCUCCGUGCGCUCCAUUGAAGAUCAACUGGAUGCGGCUCGGGCGAAUUUCGAUGCCAGGCCGUCGAAUAUUAGCCGGUUCACCUACCUGAGUGCCGUCCACCAUCGCCACAGACGACUGUACUAUCGCUUUGUGCGCGAUAACAUCGAGCAGGUGCUGCCGAUCGUUUACACGCCGACGGUGGGCGACGUGGUGGCCACCUACGGACUUAACUUCCAGCAUGCCACCAGCCUGUUCAUCAGCAUCCACGACAAGGGACACAUCCGGGACGUGAUGCACAACUGGAUCGACGAGGGUGUGAGGGCCAUCUGCGUGACGGAUGGCGGCAGAGUCCUGGGCCUCGGCGACAUGGGCGCCAAUGCCAUGGGCAUUAGUCUGGGCAAAAUGGUGCUGUACACGGCGCUGGGCGGGAUUCCGCCCACCUCACUGAUGCCCGUCUGCCUGGACGUGGGCACGGACAACCAGUCCCUGCUCGACGAUCCUCUCUAUGUGGGCGCACGGAUACCCAGAGUUAGGGGUCCCGAGUAUGAGGAAUUGGUCGAGGAGUUCAUGGAGUCGGCGGUUAAGUGCUUUGGUAACUACACCUUCAUUCACUUCGAAGACUUUGCCACACCGAAUGCCUUAAAGUUCUUGGAUAAGUAUCAGUACAAAUACUGUUGCUUCAACGAUGACAUCCAGGGAACCGGAGCCACUGGACUGGCUGCCUUCAUCAAUGUGGAACGCAUCACGGGACUUAAACUGGAGGAUACGAUAUUCGUUUUCGUGGGCGCCGGGAGCGCCGCCUUGGGCAUAGCCAAUAUGUUGAUAAUCGAACUGGAGGAAAGGGGCAUUCCGUCAGAGGAGGCGGCCAAGAAUGUCUAUCUGUUCGAUGCCAAUGGCUUAAUGACCUGCGAGAGCAAGGAUGUCCCUGAGCAGGCCAAGCGAUAUCUAAAGCCAGUGGAGCCCAUCAAGCAACUCCAAGAUGUGGUGGAGAAACUGAAGCCAUCGGUUCUGGUCGGAGCCACUGGAGUGGGUGGAAUUUUCAACGAGCAAGUACUGAAAACCAUGGCCAAAAAUCACGAGCGGCCUGCGGUUUUUGCCCUCUCGAAUCCCACAUCCAGUUCGGAAUGCACCGCCGAACAGGCCUACACACAUACCGAGGGUCGCGUUCUUUUCGGUUCCGGAUCACCUUUUCCACCCGUGGUGAUCAAUGGCAAAAGGUUUACGCCCGCCCAGGCCAACAACUGUCUUACAUUCCCGGGCAUCGCACUGGCCGCCAUUACCACUAGGGCCAAAUAUCUUCCCAAUUCAGUGUUCUCCGUGGCGUCGCACGAGCUGGCCAGGAACACCACCCAAAAGCAACUGGAUGCAGGCACCCUAUUUCCGGCCAUCAAGGAUGCCCACGAGGUGGCCUUCAAUGUGGGAGUGGCCAUGGCUCAAUAUUUGUUUGACAAUGAUCUUGCAAACAUUUAUCCCAAGCCCAAGAAUGUAUGUGAGUUCGUAAGGAAAUCUUUGUACGAACUUGAGUACCGAAACUCGAUGCCAACCACUUGGUGUUAUCCGGAGCAGCCGCCGAAGCCCAAGGCAAAACCUAAACCCCAGCCAAAGGCGGAAGAUGACGAGAAGUAAACUUUGAGGAAGACUGCUGACCUGCUUUUCUAGCUGAGAAAAAAAAGCGAAAGAGCCUUGUAUAAUUAGUUGCAACUACAGGCAUUCACAGGACCAAAUACACACAAGCUAGCACGAUAAAUGCCCGACAUUUUAACGUAAUUAUUGUCCUGUCAACGGGAAGCCAGUUGACAUGCUUGUGCGCCUGUCUGUGUGUGUGUGUGGUUGUGUAUCCUGCUGAU